GUGAGCGAUAGUAUUAGAUAGCUCAAGUGGCAUGACACUAGAAUUUGUUUAAGAUUUUCAAAUGAUUCUAGUUGCUUGGGUGAUAACUUAAUUUUAAUUUUUCAUGAUUGAUUUGCGCUGACUUUACCAUUUUCGCCAUUUAAGACUCCGUUAGGGGUUUUGCGAUUGUGGCAACUCCUUUUAAUCUAUGAUAGCGGCAUAGACCCAAAAAUGAUCUUAGGCUAUAAAGUGAAGGAGGUGCUUGGAAGGCUUCUUUUUCCUUUACUUUAUCUGGGGACGUUGUAAGUCCUGUGCAUGACACAAUGAAUCCCAAGAAUUCUACACUCCUUUUGAAGAACUUCAACUUUUCCUGAGAUACCCUCAUGCCAGCUUCAUAUAAGCUUUUAAGAACCAAGUUUAGUUCCCUAAUAUGAUCUUCUUUAGUUUUAGAGAAGAUGAUGACAUCAACGACGUACACAUAGCACGUCUUUGAUAUUUGUUCCCGUAGGACAUCAUCGAUUGCCCGUUCGAAAAUGCUGUGUGCAUUCUUGAGUCCAAAAGUUAAUCUACAGAACUCAAAUCUACCGUUAUUAACAAAGAAGGCGAUUUUCUCCCUAUCUAUCUCUGCCAACUCGAUUUGGUGAAAACCUGAUUCAAGUGCAAUGUUGUAAGAUACUGGGCCUUUCCCAUUUUUUCUUGUUGCCACUUCGUGUCCUUUUUUAUCAAUAACUCAAACGGGAUCGUGAUUUUCUGAUUAUACCGUUUGCUAGAAAUUGUUUAACCUCUGCAUUGACGACAUCAGAUACGCUCAUUGGGUAAGUGUAUAGCUUAGAAAACACGGGUUCCCCUUCAGAGCGGAUAGUUGCUAUCGUGUUUAUAUUAUAUGGUAAGGCUUGAUAAGGGUCUGCGAAUGCCCCAGCCCUCUUAGUGAUCAUUAAAUUAAAUGAUUUUUUACCCACAUUGGGGAUAUCCUUGUAUUUAGCAAAUUGCAAAUCUUCCGAUCCUGAAUUAUGUUCAAUCCUAACGGUACUAAGGUCAAUUCGAGCAUUUAAUUUCUUUAAAUGAUCUAGACCAACAAUGCCAUCGAAUUCCUUAAGGUUUCCGAAAAAAAAAAAUACGAAUUUUCGUUAAUUUUAAAUUUUUUUUUAAUUUUAGUGGAGCCAUGGAGGGAUGAGACCAUAAAAGGUUCCUCCACGUUUUUUAUGUGUGCCAGACCUGGCCAAUGUUUAAUAUAGUUUUUCGAUGCACCUAUACGAAAGCACGGAUUCCCCUCUAAAAAAUUACAGUCUUCCGUUGGGAGUAAAUCAUUCUUGAUUUCCUCUAUAUUGUCUUGAACCUGUAUCUUAUAAUCUUCGGUGUAUUCUUGUUCGUGAGUUGUGGUAUUUACCUUUUGUCUGUUACUCGGGGAACUGCCCUUAUAUCCUUUGUAGGAUUAUUUUGUGAAAAGUUUGGGUGAUUGUAAGAGGUAUGCAGUAGAGGUGGAGAACUAUCGGUGGCACUAUCGCCACUAUCGAUGGUUUAGCACUAUCGAGCCACCAUCGAUGGCAGCAGACACCUUCGAUACUGGCCCAUCCACUAUCGAUGGUGCCAUCGAUAGUGCGCUUCUUACAUCCCUAAAAAAUUUGUUCGCGCAUUUUCCGUGUCGGCGUCAAAUGCAAAAACGAGGAAAAAUUUAAAAACAAGAAACAAUUAGUUAAAUUAAUAUGGAUCGCUUUUUAAAUAUGUGUAUGUUUACUAUAUUAUAUACGUAAGUGUUUUGAUCUAUAAUUUGUUAAAUUUAAGGUAAACGUCGAGUGUCUUCAUCAAGUGCCGACAAGCCGGACUGUGAGUGCUCCUCCAGCACAGACUCUGAAAAAGAUUUGGAACCAAAUCAACAGAGUAACAAAAAGAAGUCGAAAAUUUCACAUGUUUGGAAAUAUUUUAAAAGGUCUGACGACAAGAAAUAUGCCAAAUGUCUCGAUUGUGGCAAAGAAUACAAGACAAGCGGCAAUACAUCUAACUUGCACGACCAUUUAAAAAGGUUCCAUCCUGGCGUGGAAAGAAAGAGCCCAGAAUCGAGCACACAAGUUGUACGUGCUGAGAGGAACGUCACUAUAUCUACAAGCAGCAGUUGCAGAUCGAGCAUGAACACUGUGGCGUCUUACUUUAAAAGAGCCGUCAUGUAUGAUUCAAAUUCUAAAAGAAAGACUGACAUAGAUAAAGCUCUAACUGAAAUGGUUGCCAAAGAUGUGUUGGAUCCUCGGUAUAAAUUACCCAGCAAGACGCACUUAAGAGAUGUGCUGAUGUAUAAUUAUUUUACCGAAACUUCUGCCAAGUUAUCAGCAAUCCUUGUAAAUGUUUCGAAUAUCGCAGUUACGUGUGAUUUGUGGACAUCAAGUGCCAAUGCUAGUUUUUUGACUGUGACGGGUCAUUUCGUAUAUAACUACGAAUUAAAAACAGCAUCCUUAGCAACAAAAAAACUUCUAAGCAUAACUAAUCAUUGUUCACAAAACAUUGCUGAUACAUUGCGGGACAUUUUUAUUGAAUGGAACAUUCUGGAAAAAACUGUAUGUAUUGUUACCGACAAUGCCAGCUCCAUGCUUAAAGCAUGUGAUCUAUUGCAUAUUCGCAAUCUGCCAUGCUUUGCGCAUACUAUAAAUCUCGUGGUGCAAGAUGCUCUAAAAGUUGAUGACCCAGUGCUUCAAGCUUUAUUUACUAAGUGUAAAUCAAUCGUUCGAUUUUUCAAGCAAAACACUAUAUCAAAUGAAAAGCUCAAAUUAGCUCAAGAAGGCUCAGAAUAUACUUUGUUGCAAGAAACGCCCACUAGGUGGAAUAGUUUUUAUUUUAUGAUUGAGCGUAUUAUAAAAAUGAACGUUGCCAUUGCCAAAGUUUUACAAUCAACAACGAAUGCACCGCAGCCAUUUACUGCUGAGGAAAUACUUAUGCUGAAAGAUAUUGCUGAUUAUUCCCAUGACAUAUGGACUUUUUCGGAAAAUCGAAAGUGUUGUACCUUUACUACAAACUCUUCAAGGAAAAACUUUAAACAAAAUAUUGAUGGAAUCAAUCAAGCAACGUCUUUCCGUAUAUGAGCAGAGAACAGUCUGCAGGAUGGCUACGCUUUUGGAUCCACGGUUCAAAAAAAAUGGAUUUCAACAUAGCUCAAACGCUGAACAAGCAGCAAAAUGUUUUGAAAAUGAGCUGGCCAAUUUUCCAGUUAAAGAGACCGCAAGUAAUCAACCCGCAGCACCGGAUUCAAGUUUACAGGAUACUUUGUUCGAUUUUUUGGGUGAGCGUUCCAUGAAUAAAUUUGUAAACUCAAGAGUCGAUGCAAUUUUAACUAAGAGGCAGUAUCUGGAAAGGGCAAUUGUCGGACAAGAUAUCGACCCUCUAUUAUGGAUGAAGGUGAAUCAAACUGAUUUCCCUGCCAUUUUGAGCCUUUUCGCCAAAUAUCUUUGCAUUCCGGCUACGUCCGUGGAGUCUGAAAGAACAUUCAGCAAGGCGGGCCAAAUAAUAUCGGAGAGGCGAACCCGGCUCAAAGAAAAAAAUUUUAACAUUCUUUUGUUUUUAA